CUUCGUUAGCUAGUGAAGAAACCUACAAAUUUGCUCAUGGUAUAUAUUCUGAUCCUCAGAUUUUUGUCCAUCAUACGUAUUUUCUGCAUCAGGGGUCUGAAAUAAAGCAGUGGUACGAUAAUUUUAAAUGGAAUACGGCUAUUAUUAUAGGGAGUUGUAAGUACAAUAAUGUAAGAUUUAACAAUGGAAUGCGCUGGUGAUCCACCACAUCCUCCUGUAGUUGGUAAAGUAACUCCUUUCAGUAUUGAGCUCUUAUGGAAAAAUGCACUUGUGUUGGAGAACAGACAGCAACGUGUUAAAUAUAUUGUACAAGAAGAAGAAUUGGGUGGUCUGGUGACAAAGGGGUAUGGAACAGUAUAUAGUGGAUUUGCACAUAGAAAUACAUUCACCGGAUUAGAGCCUAGAACAUUGUAUCGGUAUCGCAUCAAAUAUAAAUUUGAUAAUUAUGAAACGCCAUAUAGUCGUCCUGUUGAAGUGGCAACAACAAAGAAACCUCCAUCAGGUGAUGACUUGCAUCGAGCCGUUCAAAAGAAUGAUAUUAAAAGUGUAGUGAAGUUACUACAAGUCUUACCAAAUGAAUUGAUCCAUGCUCCUGAUAAAUAUGGCUACUCUGCUCUAAUGACGGUUGCCUUCAAAGGCUUCAAACAUCUGGCCGAGAUACUUCUUGAGAAUAAUGCUGACGUUAGCUAUCAAAACAACAAUGGAAAAAAUGCAUUGUUGAUGGCGUGCUAUGCUGGUAAGUUAGAGAUGGUGAAGUUACUACGGGAAAAAGGCGCAGUAUGGGAGAGUUCUGACAACAAUGGAAGUACGCCACUCCACCUUGCUGUUGAUGGCGGUAAUGUUGAUCUUAUACGUUGGAUGAUAAAGGAUGGUUGCCCUGUUGAUACAAAAGAUCGAACGUCUGGUUGGACACCACUGAUGCGUUUGGCAUCAACAAAUGGAGAUGUUAACGCUGCGGAAAUUCUCAUAGCACACAAAGCAAACAUAGAUGCUUCAGAUAAUGACCGAAAGUCUGUCUUAAUGAUGGCAGCGUUAAACGGACAUUCAGAUCUAGUGAAAUUGUUGUUAUCAAAAGGCGCGAAAAUCGAUUCGAAGUCUAUGCAUAAUAAAACAGCCCUUGAUUUUGCUCGAUCAUUUGAGUAUGAGAAAAUAGUUCAGAUGCUUGAGGACAAGUACAAAGAAAUGAGAUUUGUUUAGAUAAUCAAGAUAGCAUAAGCUAUGAGCGUUGCUUUACAAAAAAGCCAUCUUUCUUUGUGUUGUGGAGUGUGUUAAUCUUUUUCACUAUUUAUGGCGUUAAAAUUCUUUUGAGCUCUUUCAAUAUUUAAGUUAGAAUCACAGUGACAAGCCUCGAAUUUCUUAUAGAAACGUUAAAACGUAUAUAUUCAGGCAGGUUUUCACGCAGUGAAUUGUGGAUGGCGAAUAAGCUGCAAAAAUGUUUUUUGAAUGCAAGUAAAAAAACUAGUUAAUUACGUAGUUAUUUUGACUUCUAUCCAGUACUGAAGUUUCCAAAAAUAAGCGCUAAUUACGUUCUGAUUGGUUAAAAGUUUACUGCGAAAUAUUUCGCUGCUAAAAAAAAGAUACUGCGCCUGCUCAGAUACAUUUCGCCGUCCAAUUAGCUUCGUGGAAGGCAUUUGCGCAAAAAAAUUCUACCCGCAAAAUAUUUUUUGGGUCGGGGACGGCUGCGCAAAAAAACAGUACGAAUAAGGCAUUUCUUUAAUCUUAUGUAGUUUUUAUUUUUCUCGUGAAAUAAAUAUGUAAAUUUAGAUUGUUAAUAUAAGUUCUGAAAUAUAUUUUGUUUAUAGAUAAAUUAAUUACAGUGUAAAAAGUGACUUAAUUAAAUAUAAGGUCCAAGAAAUUAUCAAAAAAA